UAUUCCCAAGUUGCAAGUCUAGCAGCGAGGCUACUGCAAUAUGCAGCAAUUAUUAACCAACCUACGGUCUGCCAGAGAAGUAUCUGUAAUCUGUUCGAUACAACGGUCUUUGGCACCGAGCUGCUUAACAAAUAUCCAAUUAAAUCGAUGAAAGUAAUUAGAAAAUUUCGAUAUCCUGGAAAGAAUCAUCGGUUAGAAAAUCGGUUGCAAAGUCGAUCCAUGAACGAACGUAAGUGUAAAGGCUGUGCAGGAGCAACGCGGACAGAAGCAAGCACCAAAUUUUCUUGGAAAACGGUUUUUUCAACGCCCAAAAACUUGUGGUUCGACGUGGACGCGGCACCAAGAAAUGGAGAUACACAUCGUACCAAGGGAUACAAAUUAAUUGUCUUUGAUGUUAACGAAUCAGCGAUGUCUAAUUUGACAAAUAUAGGCGCUGACAGAGCUUCUAGUCCUGCUGAGAUGGCAAAAGAUGUUGAAGUGGUCGUUUCAAUGUUGCCAUCUAACCAACAUGUUCUGGACGUUUACAACCUUAAAAAUGGUCUAUUGAGUUCAGCAAAAAGGAACAGUCUUCUGAUCGAUAGUAGUACAAUAGAUCCGUUUGUGUCUCAAACAUUGGCCAAAGAGGCUAAAAAAAAAGGCCUUAACUUUUUAGAUAGUCCAGUAUCCGGAGGUAUAAACGCAGCUAAAGAUGGUACGUUAACAUUUAUGGUUGGAGGUUCCAAAGAAAAUUUUGAACUUGCCAAGACUCUUCUCAAUUGUAUGGGAUCCAGGAUAAUACAUUGUGGAGAUGUGGGAAUGGGACAAGCAGCAAAACUGUGUAAUAAUAUGCUUUUAGGUAUUAGCAUGAUUGGUACUGCUGAAGCUUUCAAUCUUGGGCAAAAAUUAGGUUUAGAUUCCAAAAUUUUAACUGAUAUUAUCAAUUCGAGUAGCGGGAAAUGUUGGUCUUCCGAGUUGUACAAUCCUGUUCCAGGUAUUCUCAAAAAUGUACCUAGCUCUAAAAACUAUGAGGGUGGUUUUGGAGUGACAUUAAUGGCCAAGGAUUUAGGAUUAGCACAGUCUGUUGCGACUAAAGUAGAAGCAACUAUUCCCUUAGGUUCUUUAGCGCAUCAAAUUUAUAGGGCAAUUAUUGUUCAAGGAUUUGCAAAGAAAGACUUUAGUUACGUUUAUCAGUUUCUUAAAGGUUGAAAAUAAUUUUAAAGUUUAUCAGUAAACUCUUAUCAGUAAAAUAAUUUUAAAGUAAAAGAUAAUAAUAUAACGAUUUGAUUAUUAUUAUUACUAUUAUUAUUCAUAUUAUUACU